GGGUCCGGGCCGGGAGAGGUGUGCCGCGCCGGGAGCCGCCGACUCUGAGUCCGGCUCUGGGAGGCGGGGCGGGGCGGGAGGAGCCUGCCCGGGGCUGGAGCCCCGCGCGGCGCUAAAGCGGGUCGAGCGUCCUCCUUUUCUCCCCGCCUCUUCUCCUCCUCCCACCUGGGCCUCUGCGUGGAGACGCGCACCUGGCAACCGGAGGCCGCGUCCCCGCCUUCUCCGCUGGCGCCGGGCGCCGGGAGCCUGCCCGGGACCUCGAGACGGCCCCCGGGGCCCGCCCCUCCGCUGGAGCCGCGCUCGCUGCAGGCAGCCUCGAGCGCUCUCUCGUUGAUGCCGUUUUGGAGGUGACCGGCGCGGCGGCCGCUCUAUGCUGGGGCAGCGUUAGUGGCAGCGGCUCCGUGGGACUCCAGGGCGCGGCUGCGAGGUGGCGGGGCGCCCCGCCUGCAGUACCCCGCGCGCAGCUCAGGUUUCGGGGCGCUUGAGGAGGCCGCCACGGCGGCGCGGGAGCGGAAGAUGUUGGAGCUGAGGCACCGGGGAGGCUGCCCCGGCCCAGGGGAAGCGGUGGCUCCCCCACCCCGCGAGGGAGAGGCAGCCGGCGGCGACCACGAAACCGAGAGCACCAGCGACAAAGAAACAGAUAUUGAUGACCGAUAUGGAGAUUUGGAUUCCAGAAUAGAUUCUGAUAUUCCAGAAAUUCCACCAUCCUCAGAUAGAACCCCUGAGAUUCUCAAGAAAGCUCUAUCUGGUUUAUCUUCAAGGUGGAAAAACUGGUGGAUACGUGGAAUCCUCACUCUAACUAUGAUUUCAUUGUUUUUCCUGAUCAUCUAUAUGGGAUCCUUCAUGUUGAUGCUUCUUGUUCUGGGCAUCCAAGUGAAAUGCUUCCAUGAAAUUAUCACUAUAGGUUAUAGAGUCUAUCAUUCUUAUGAUCUACCAUGGUUUAGAACACUAAGUUGGUACUUUCUAUUGUGUGUAAACUACUUUUUCUAUGGAGAGACUGUAGCUGAUUAUUUUGCUACAUUUGUUCAAAGAGAAGAACAACUUCAGUUCCUCAUUCGCUACCAUAGAUUUAUAUCAUUUGCCCUCUAUCUGGCAGGUUUCUGCAUGUUUGUACUGAGUUUGGUGAAGAAACAUUGUCGUCUGCAGUUUUAUAUGUUCGCAUGGACUCAUGUCACUUUACUGAUAAUUGUUACUCAGUCACACCUUGUCAUCCAAAGUCUGUUUGAAGGCAUGAUAUGGUUCCUUCUUCCAAUAUCAAGUGUUAUCUGCAAUGACAUAACUGCUUACCUUUUCGGAUUUUUUUUUGGGAGAACUCCAUUAAUUAAGUUAUCUCCUAAAAAGACUUGGGAAGGAUUCAUUGGUGGUUUCUUUUCCACAGUUGUGUUUGGAUUCAUUGCUGCCUAUGUGUUAUCCAAAUACCAGUACUUUGUCUGCCCAGUGGAAUACCGAAGUGAUGUAAACUCCUUUGUGACGGAAUGUGAGCCCUCAGAACUUUUCCAGCUUCGGAAUUAUUCACUUCCACCCUUUCUAAAAGCAGUGUUGAGACAGGAAAGAGUGAGCUUGUACCCUUUCCAGAUCCACAGCAUUGCUCUGUCAACCUUUGCAUCUUUAAUUGGCCCAUUUGGAGGCUUCUUUGCCAGUGGAUUCAAAAGGGCCUUCAAAAUCAAGGAUUUUGCAAAUACCAUUCCUGGACAUGGUGGGAUAAUGGACAGAUUUGAUUGUCAGUAUUUGAUGGCAACUUUUGUACAUGUGUACAUCGCAAGUUUUAUAAGGGGCCCAAAUCCCAGCAAAGUGCUACAGCAGUUGUUGGUGCUUCAACCAGAACAUCAGUUAAAUAUAUAUAAAACCCUGAAGAUUCAUCUCAUUGAGAAAGGAAUCCUACAACCCGCCUUGAAGGUGUAACUGGAUCCAGAGAGGGAAGAACUGACAAGAAGGAAUUCUGCAGAAAAACACUGACAGAUGUUUUGUAAUUAUACAGAAAAAUAGUUAGAAAUGCAAUAGAUUGAAGUUUUGGAGACAUGUUUCUCUCUGAAAUUGCUGUGAAUAUUUAACAAACACUUACUUGAUCUAUGUUAUGAAAUAAGUAGCAAAUUGCCAGCAAAA